UGUCUCUUUGUCUCUUGUCUUUUCCUCUAAUUUCUCCCCCUUCCCUCUUUCUGUCGCUGCACUUGUGUCUUGCAGUCUCUGUUUCUCUUUUCCCUGAAUGCCUUUCUCCAGGACUCCAGCUGGAUUUCACUCAGCAGGAAUGAUCAUGGAACUGUUGCUGUUUGCUUUGAUACUGGUGACCAAAGUCUGGGCUGAGGAACAGGAAAAGGUUGUUGUUGGCUCCAAAUGUGGAGUGAAAGAACACCCCUACCAGGUUGCUCUCUUCUAUUCCAACCACUUGCUGUGUGGUGCAGUCCUCAUUCACCCCCAGUGGGUUCUCACUGCUGCUCAUUGUCAAAAACCGAAACUACAAGUUCUCCUGGGCAAGCACAACAUUCAUCGGUGGGAGCAAAACCAGCAGCUGAGCACAGUAGUCCGGGCUAUCCCACAUCCAGCCUAUAAUAGAGUUCGACAUGAUAAUGACAUCAUGCUGUUGAAGCUACCUCGGACCAUAACUCUGUCUCCCUAUGUCCAGCCUCUGAAUCUUCCUUGGGAAUCAGACUGCACAGAUAAUUCUACUUCAACAUGUAUCAUCUCUGGCUGGGGCAAGAUCGACACGGAGGGUCAUUACCCAGACACACUCCAAUGUGCCUCCAUUCAUCUGGUGGCUCAGAAGACCUGCCAACAGGCCUAUCCCAACCAGAUUACUUCCAACAUGGUGUGUGCAGGAGAAAAGGAAAGUGGAAGUGACUCUUGCCAGGGUGAUUCUGGUGGACCCCUAGUAUGCCAGGGACGUCUUCGUGGUCUGGUAUCCUGGGGGGAAGUUCCCUGUGGCUCAGGCCAGAAGCCAGGAGUCUAUACUGAUGUGUGUCGAUACCGUGAUUGGAUCCAAAGAACAAUUCAAGCCAACUGACUUCCAUUGGCAGCUUCUGACCUUUGACCCUACCGACUGGUUCUGUGUAUACUCAUGUGCCAACCUUACCCUAGUCCUUUUCUUCUCUCUUACAUAUU